GGGGUGGCCUGGAGAAAACUGCCUCCUAUGCCCCUUGGUGACAACUUGUUGUGGAGGACAGUGGGGAGCCAUGAACCAGUUUCCAGCAGCAGGGGUUGCCAUCCUGAGAGAGGAAGGAUGGGGCGUCAGGAGGACGUAUGAGACACCACCAGAGGACACGCUGCGGAAAAGUCCUUAUAAGAAGAAGGCCGCGGGGGCAUCAUGGUAGGAGGCUUGAAGAGGAAACACUCAGAUCUGGAGGAGGAAGAGGAGGAUGAGAAGUGGGACUGGGGUCCAGCAGGCCUGCGGAGCUACCAGCAAGCCCUGCUCCGUAUCUCCCUAGACAAAGUCCAGCGAAGCCUGGGCCCCCGAGCACCCAGCCUUCGCAGGCAUGUCCUCAUCCACAACACCCUCCAGCAGCUCCAAGCUGCGCUUUGCCUGACUCCUGCACCUGCCCUGCCCCCAGAGCCCCUCUUCCUGGGCGAGGAGGACUUCUCCCUGUCGGCCACCAUCGGCUCUAUUCUCAGGGAGCUGGAGACCUCCAUGGAUGAGACCGAGCCCCCUCAGAAUCCAGUGGCUCCCCCAGGCCCUCAGAAUGAAGUGCUGCCCCAGCCCGAUCCAGUCUUCUUAGAAGCUCUGAGCUCCCGGUACCUGGGGGACUCUGGCCUGGAUGACUUCUUCCUGGACAUUGACACAUCUGCAGUGGAGAAGGAGCCUUCACUGGCCCCACCAGAGCCUCCUCACAACCUUUUCUGUGCCCCAGGAUCCUGGGAGUGGAAUGAACUAGAUCACAUCAUGGAAAUCAUUCUGGGAUCCUAAAACUUUGAUGGGGGGGGCUUCCUCAUCGCAGCCUUGGUGGGCUGAAUCCCUGGAUGCAACUCUGUGUGUGUGUGUGUGUGUGUGUGUGUGUGUUUUGAUGGGGGCCCUAAGCAGUGGCUGUGGCCUCCUCCCAUUUCAGGGUUCCAAAUUGUCUCGCGUGUAUGUGUGUGUCUGGUUAUCGCAACCUUCUGUGAAGGUGGGUCUUCCUGAAUUAAUUUAUCUGUUCCAAAUGCCUUAAUGAGACUCUGUUUCUGGGAGUCUGGUUUCCCACUUCCACAUUUCUUCUGCCUUUCCCUCCAGUUCCUACUCCCCUUGUGUCCACUGGAGCCUCAGGGAAGAUAGUUUGGGCCUGUCAAAGGAUGACAGGGAUGUGCGCCUGAUUGCUAUGGAAACCCAGCCUCUGCCUCUUGCACCUCCAGGUAGUGGGAGGGGCAGGCCUCCUCCCCACAGGCUGAACCCCACCUCCUUCACAGGACCGCAAUCCAAGCAGCCUCCUGAUUCAUGACCAGGCCGGACCACGUGCAAUAGGGUGGAAACCAAACUGCUCCAUGCCACAUUAUUUAAAAGAAAGGCGGGUUUUGUGGUGGUUUUUUGUUUCUGUUUUUGUUUUUUGAUUGUUUGUAAUGAUUUUUUUUUUUUUUUUUUAAAUA